CAUUACUCGAUUGUGUUGUGUGUGAAAGCGGCUCGGUUAGCGUGGUCCGCUCUAGUAGUACAGAUCGCAGCCACUGCUACUAUCAUGUUCCAAUGUAUGAAGAGAGAAGUGAGAGUUAUCGACAGAAUUUUUGAAUUCGCCGAGGUACUUCGACCAUUUCUCAGAUGCCUGAAGUUGCUAGAUUGAAGCUCGUGCGAAAUUUGAUUUGUUUUUGAGCCAACCUACUCUGCAUAUUACGAUCGGGAAGCUGGCUGCAUUGCCAUUCACUGAGCAGUAUUUCUCGACAGCCUGCUUGGCACAGAGGUUGUGGGAUAGUAUACCCGAGCGAUAUCACAGUCAGUUGUUUCUUGAAAAAGCCAUGUCUCUUCAGUUUAGGCUGACUGUAACACGCCACUACCAGCGUCAGACAAUUUAAUGUCAAAGUCCUCUUUGGUGACGCUCUUGAGGGUUCUGUCUCUUUAGCACUUCUCCCUUGGCUAGCUUAGAAUUUAAGCCUCGUAGUGACUGGGGAUGUCACAACCAUCGAGUUCUCAUCAAUAUGUUCUGCUGCAUUCUGAAUGUGGUCUCUAAACUUCAAAUAAGUUGAAGUUGUAUAGGAGUCCUUCAUCUUCAGCAUCUUUAGUACACAAGUAUUUAGCCUCGAGUUUACUUUCACUCAUUCCACUUAACAAUUUAGUUGUGCUUUGGGAGGGCUAUUAUCCAGCAUUCAACUUCAUAUAUCUUCAGCUGUUUCCUCACCUCGUCAUUUAUGUCACUCCAAACCAACAAAGCUUUGUUUGUCAACUUCAUGGGCAACUUCAGCAUUGUUGAAACGAGCUCUGUGAGACCUUAUUCGUUUGAACAAACGCAGUAUAGCAUUUAGCAAGGUGGGUAACAUACUCUGACUAGUUGCGCCGGAGAAUCAUGUCACUACAUGCCGCUGUUUUGGCUCAGAUAAGAUAGAGAAUGAAAACUUAGUAAGGCAGGCUCGCUAAACAUUGCAGCGGUAAAAGCAUUAAUACAUUCAGCUAUGGGCAAUCAAAUUGCACGAAUUCGUUUUAAGAAGAAGUCAAAUCAGCGAUCUAGUAGGGGAAUUCUAGAUGACGAGUCUAUCAAGAACCAGGCAUUGGCAAUGGCCAAGCAUGAACUGUAUAUGGCUAGUUUGAGUUCACAGGUCAAAGCCUUGAAAGAGACUUCCAUGGAGCCCCCUAGGCAUAGCUUCUCUGGGAAGGCCGACUAUGGGAGGAUUGAGUACAAAAGAAGUUACAGUAUUCAAGCUCGAAGAGACAUUGAUUCCCUGCUUGACCCCGUACCAUCAAUGCAUCUUAGAAAGGAUAGGUGCAUGGAUGUAGAUCUGGAAAGUAGGCACUUCGUGCUGGUCCAUGGGGGAGGCCUAGGAGCUUGGUGUUGGUACAAAUCAAUAGCAUUGCUUGAGAACUCCGGCUUCAAAGCGACUGCUGUUGAUUUAAUGGGAUCUGGUAUCGAACCGACAGAUCCUAAUCGUGUCACAAGUCUUGUGCACUAUUCAAAACCUCUUCUGGAUCUCUUGAAAAAAAUUAAAUCAACUGCAGGCCAUGAAAAGGUAAUCCUCGUUGGCCACAGCAUAGGGGGUGCAUGCCUCUCGUACGCAAUGGAAUGCUUUCCUGAGCUUAUUUCAAAGGCUAUCUUCAUCGCAGCUACUAUGGUUAGAAACAAUCAGAGCGCCUUUGAUAUUCUUGCAAAGCAUAUGCAAAGCCCAGAUGCCCUCAUGGCGAAGGCUCAAAUCUUUAUCUAUGGAAACGGAAAACAGAAAACACCAACAGCUCUUUUGUUUGACAAAAACUUAACUGAAAGUCUUUUCUUCAAUACCUGCCCCACCAAGGAUGUAGCCUUAGCGACUCAUUCCAUGAGACCAACGCCUUUUGCCCCUGCCAUGGAGAAGCUCACUUUGACAGACUUGAAUUACGGCAAAGUAAGGCGAUUCUACAUCUCAACCACUGCGGAUCAGGCCUUACCGUUCCCAGCUCAACAAAUGGUGAUUGAAGACAAUCCUCCUGAGCGUGUCUUUACCUUAAGAGGUGGUGAUCAUUGCCCUUUCUUCUCUAAACCACAGUCUCUUCAUAGGAUUCUUCUUGAAAUUGCCUAUCUCAAUCAGAAACAAUAAACCGUGCUGCAACCUGAGUUUAUGUUUUAUUUUUAAUUUUAUUUGAAUUUCCUCGAUUCCGAACUGAAUCAACUUACUAAAAUGUUAUCUAAAUGCGCAACAUAUGUAAAUUCAACCUUGCUGUCGAAGUUUUUUACAGCAAUGCAAAUUUCGAAUACAGAUACCUGUUUGUUAGUGUGUAAAGACUGUCAGUAUAAGUUUCAAAACUAUUCACAGCUUGAACUAUUUAGAAACAAUCUCCUCCGAGCCCAUCAUGCCCGUUUGUAGAGCCAAUGGGGGUCAAAUUAGAGUGUUAAUGCCGGAAAAUGGCAAAAAUUUGUCACUUAGUGUUGAGAUUAUUAUCUGUGCUACAAUUCGGCUCUAGCAUUUGUGCCCAAUAACCCCAAGCUAACCUUCUCUGUUCUGCUACUUAAGGAGAAGAUAAACGUAUUUUCCA